CCUCCUUACAAGGGAUUCGGGCCGGAAACCUAUAAUUGCCAUCAUCCUAUCCUAGUAAUCCCUAACCUUGUUCAACAACAGUAAUCUCAACCCGCGUUCCUCAAUUUGAUCGUUCGUCACCGUCGUCUAGCAAUCGGCGUUUCCAAAACCUUCUAAGAUAGAAAGAAUGGUUAUUCGUUCGCCAAUGAGGGUAGAUAAGAAGAUGAUACAGUUUCUGAAACCCUACGUGUUGAAAAUGCAUUUGACAGAGAGGUUUGUUAAUGCCCAAGUAAUCCACUUACCAAGUGGAACAGUAGCUUCAGCUGCAAGCUCUGAAGAGAAGAUAUUGAGGGGAAACAUGGGAUCUACACAGGACUUUGCUGCUGCUGCAAAGAUAGGGAAGAUACUUGGUGAGCGUUUACUGUUAAAGAACAUUCUUUCUGUUUCUGUCUCCUCCUUAAGGAAUGAUCAGAAAUAUCAAGGCAAGGUUAAAGCUCUUAUUGAUUCUUUGAAGGAAGCUGGUAUUCUACUUGUUUGAUUUUUCACUGCCAGAUUGAUUGAUAUCAAGCAACAGACAACAAUGGAGAUGUCAGUUAG